AUGGCUACUGCGACUGCUCACCAGGGUGGUAUAAAACCGUUUUUUGAACAGAAAAUUCAAGACACUGAAAUCUUGAUCACUGAAAAGACUCAAAAUUUACGUAGAUUAGAAGCUCAAAGAAACACUUUGAAUUCCAAAGUUCGAUCUUUAAAAGAUGAGAUCAAAUUAUUGCAAGAGCCGGCUUCGUAUGUUGGCGAGGUGGUAAAGGUAAUGGGAAAGAAAAAAGUUUUGGUUAAAACAAAUCCGGAGGGCAAAUAUGUCGUGAACAUUUCCUCCGAAAUCGACAUUAAAAAAUUAACUCCAGGUUUAAGAGUCUGUUUAAGAAGUGAUACCUAUAAUCUUCACAAGAUCUUGCCAAACAAGGUAGAUCCCUUGGUUAGUUUAAUGAUGGUUGAAAAAGUUCCCGACUCGACAUACGAUAUGGUUGGAGGUUUGGAUAAGCAAAUCAAAGAGAUCAAAGAGGUGAUUGAAUUACCUGUCAAACACCCCGAAUUGUUUGAAAGUCUAGGUAUAGCCCAACCAAAGGGUGUUAUAUUGUAUGGUCCUCCCGGUACAGGAAAAACUUUAUUGGCAAGAGCUGUUGCUCAUCAUACUGAGUGCAAAUUCAUAAGGGUAUCUGGUAGUGAAUUGGUUCAGAAAUAUAUCGGCGAAGGUAGUAGAAUGGUCAGGGAAUUAUUCGUAAUGGCAAGAGAACAUGCCCCCUCCAUUAUAUUCAUGGAUGAAAUUGAUUCCAUUGGUUCCAGUAGGGUUGAAGGCUCAAGUGGUGGUGACAGUGAAGUUCAAAGAACCAUGUUGGAAUUACUAAAUCAAUUGGAUGGAUUUGAGAGCUCGAAAAAUAUCAAAAUUAUAAUGGCUACAAAUCGAUUAGAUAUUUUGGAUCCUGCUUUAUUAAGACCUGGCAGAAUUGAUAGAAAAAUCGAAUUUCCACCUCCCUCUGUUGUAGCAAGAACAGAUAUCUUGAAAAUUCACUCCAGAUCAAUGAACUUGACCAGAGGCAUUAAUUUGAAAAAAAUUGCAGAAAAAAUGAAUGGAUGCUCAGGAGCCGAUGUUAAAGGUGUCUGCACAGAAGCUGGGAUGUAUGCUUUAAGAGAAAGAAGAAUUCAUGUUACCCAAGAAGAUUUUGAGUUGGCUGUAGCUAAAGUCAUGGCCAAGAACAACGAUGGUGCAGUUUCAUUAGCCAAACUAUUCAAGUAA